AUGGAGAUUCGCACUAAGGGUGCCCCAUUGACGACCAAAUCGUCGCCCGAGUCGUCAUUCCCUUCUCAUUCUCCGUCAGAGUCGUCGCAGCCAUCUCGUCCGCCACUGCAACAAGAACAGCCCACCGCCACCCCACCCCGCAAGCGCGUCCGCCGUUGGCACCAUCGAGGUUUCACUGGCUGUUCGACCUGCCGCCGGCGCCAUGUGCGCUGCGACGAGGCCUCGCCGGCCUGCAAUAACUGUGUGCGCUUAGGACUCGAGUGUGAUGGUACCCAGGGCCGGAUGACCUUCAAGGUCUACGGACCCUCGCAAACCCAGGAAACCCCCAAGGCCCCUGGAAGGCGAAAGAAGGGCACCAGUAGCCCGGAGUCCUCAGGGGAAUCCUCGUCUGCGGGUACCACCGCGUACAGAGAGGACGGGGAUGAGAAGGACGAUGUCUGCGAGGGCGUGAUUGUCUCACCAACAACGGUGGCGCCACCCUCAAUCCAAAUUCGCUUUCAGAAGCCCCUCUCUCCGGCAAACCUCGUUGCGGCGUCGAUGCAAUCGACCAGCGAACGCUAUUUCACCCACUUCAUCGACCAGGUCUCGACUCUUCUCAUUAUAUACGACAAUUCCAUGAACACCAACCCGUAUCGCAGCUAUUUCCCCGAUUUUGCGCGCUCAAGUCCGUCCAUGGUGGGCGCGAUGCAGGCCCUGGGUGCUUUACAUUUGGCAAACACUUCGGUCGGACCACAGCGCAAUCUCCAUUUCCAACAAGCUAUGGGCAAAUACGGGGAGGUGGUUAAGUUAUUCAGGGACCGAUAUGCACAGCCAAGUCAACACCUGGGUAUGGCGGACUUUGCGACCUGUCUGUUGCUAUGUCUUUUCGAGAUGAUGGAUUCGCAGCACCAAAAUUGGGCCGUGCAUCUCAAAGGCGCGCGCGAGAUCUACAACCUCCUCUUCUAUCCCCACACGGGCAGCUCCGCCCGCGAAGUCCAACGGGUUGCCGAAACAAAUCACCCCCUCCGAUCAUUCUUGGUCUCCCUCCUUUCAUACCUCGAUGUGGCAGGCGCGUGCGCGACUCCAGGUGGCACAGUUGUCGACGGAAGCUAUUGGAAGACCCUAGGCGGCGGGUGGGAAUAUAAUCUCGGGACACCAAGCUUGUCUUCAUCGUCGACCCCAGAUGACCCACGACUGAUCGAACUGCGGCAGGCGUGGUCCAGCAUGAUGGAGGUCCAGGCGGCGAUUAGCACCUUUGCCCGGGACAAACAGUGGAUGUCGCCAAACCAUCAAGAUAUGGUUUACAAGGAGAUAUUUCACCGAUUGGUCGUCUGGCGUGCGAGUACACCGAUCAGUCUGCAGCUUCUCGGGGACAUGGACUUGGACGAUGAGUCCCUUCGUCGGUUCCCGUAUCCCGAUAUGCUGGAGUAUGUGGGCUGUGUCGAGGCCUAUGAGAAAGCGACCUUUGUCCAUUUGCACCAAGUCGCUGGAGCUGGUCGGCCCAACUGGAUCACCGACCGUACAUAUCUGGACAUGCUUAUUACCCGCAUUUUGACCUUAAUCCGUAAUCUAUCCAAGGAUGUCGGUCAAUUGGCGAUUCUAUGGCCUCUUUUUAUCGCCGGUCAAGAGACUCGAAAACAAGAGGAGCAACGAUAUGUUCGCCAGACCAUGGAAGAAUUGAAACGGUUCGGCUUCAAGAAUGUGGAUAAGGGUCUGGAGCUACUAGAGAAAGUCUGGUUCAAGCGGCGCGCUUUUCCAGAAGGUUGGACUGAAACCUUGGAUGAAAUCCAAUCGAACAUUCUUCUGCCAUGA